AACGGAAAGAAGGAGAAGGAAGGAGAGGGGGAAAAGGGGAGACGGCGGCGGUGGAUGUCACUGCCACCGUCGCCGCCGUCUUAUCGCUGUCGGGAGAGUAAUAACGUGAGGGGAGAGAGAGACGAGCUCGCGAGGGAGUAGCGUCGCCGCCACUGGAGGGGAGCCUGGCUGUCCUCGUCACUGCCAGCUCCGUCGCCGUCGUCACCAUUGGAGCUGCGCGAAGCCGUCGUCGCCGUUGUCACCAUCGAUGCUUCUCGUUGUCGUUUGUGGGUUGUCGCCUCUUCUGCUUCUGCUGUCACGCUGUCGUCUGCCCCUCUGGACAUCGCUGCUUUUGAAUCGUGUCCUGUCACUCGGAUAUGCUGCAAGAAGCUAUCAGAAAGUGGCAUUGAUGAGAAGAAGCACAAACCCUCCACCAGCAAUACCGCUGCCUCUAAAUCCAAGGACGGAAUGGAAGAUUACAAUUUUGCUAUGAAGAGGAUGAUGAGGAAUCCUUAUGAGUAUCACCACGAUCUGGGUUUGAAUUACACACUUAUAACUGACAAUCUCAUUGUGGGAUCCCAACCACAGAAACCUGAAGACAUCGAUCACCUCAAGAAGGAAGAGGGGGUGACAUACAUUCUGAAUUUGCAGCAAGAUAAGGAUGUAGAAUAUUGGGGAA